CAAAAACUUGCUUUCCAUUAGAUUAUAUAAGAGUAAUUCGAGGAAGGUGCAAUGAAGUUGCUACGCAUACUAAAAAAAUAAAAAUCAAAACAGUAUCUCCAUCAUACCAGAUAAGUCUUAUAGUUUGAUUUUUUUUAUUCUAUUAUUGGUUGACAUCUUACUUAUUAAUACAAUUGUAAUUACAUGAAAAUUUCCCUAAACUAUCCAAAUGACUGGGACUUAUCAUCCAGAAGCAUAGAUAUUAUUUUCUUACUCGUAUGAUUUGGACAUAAAACGUUGAACAUUUCCACGACUUUCUAUACUCCUUUGCAAUUUGCGAAUGAAAAUGUAGUUAAUCGACUUCAACACACUGAAGAGAUAUUUCUUAUGUCAUGGCUAAAACCUUGAAAUCUUUUGUAUAGUCUUUGUUGACUUUUCUUAUAAUAUAAUACUCAUAUACUUUCAAUAAUAACUGAAUAAUAGUCAAUCAGUUAAAUUAGAUCACACCUUUUCCUAUAUAUAUGGUGAAUGAGUACCAAUAGAAAAUUGGGUGAGAUACUGGGAUUGUGUUUUACUCUGUAGGCAUACUCUUUCUUUUCCUAUAAUGAAAAACAAGCUUAUGUCUAUUAUUGUUAUCUUCACCAUUUGUUUGUUUAAGAUACCUUUUAUUGUUAAAAUCGAUGCCAAAUCUAUACGAAGUAACUCUAGUGAUCCAUUUGUUAUUGGUGCAAUUGUGGAUAUGUCAUCUCGAGUAGGCAAAGAGGCUAGAGUUGCCAUGGAAAUUGCCAUAGAUGAUUUCAGAGCAAAAACGAAUCAAAACUUGACUCUUUACACCACAAAUUCAAAAGGAAAUAUUGUUCAAGCAAUCCAUGAAGCAACCUAUCUCAUUGAGACACAUAAAGUGGAGGCGAUUUUAGGGCUACACACUUUAAAAGAAGUGGUUUCAGUUGCAGAGGUAUGUAGUGAAGCGCAAGUUCCAACUUUCUCUCUCUUUGAUUCAGUUCCUCAAUGGGCCCUAGAUCAGUGGGCCCCCUUCCUAUUUCAAGCUUCACCCUCUCAGUUUUCUCAAACAAAAGCUUUUGUUGCUAUUCUUGAAUCUUACGGAUGGAGUCGUUUUACUUUCAUAUACGAAGAUACUAAUUCAGCAUCCACUCAAAUCAUUCCACAUCUCAUGGAAGCCAUUAAAGAAUCUAGUACUGUAGAAAUAAGCAGCAUUGUAAAGCUCUCACCUUUAUCCUCUUCCUUUUCAUUGCCAAAAGAACUCGAAAGAAUCAGUAAAGAACAAUGCAGAGUGUUUCUUCUUCAUUCCUCUUUGGAAACAGGCGUUCGCCUUUUUCAAAAUGCAAAGAACAUGGGGAUGAUGGAAAAGGGUUAUGUGUGGAUCACAACAAGUUUAAUCACAGAUCUUCUCCACACUCUAAAUUCCUCAACUUUUUCCACGAUGGAAGGCGUUUUGGGAAUCGGGAGUUUCUUCUCACAGUUUGAUGAAUUUACCACGAAGUUUCAGAAAAAGUUUAAACUCGAACAACCUGAAGAAGAAGAAAACAACAUCCCUGGGGUUUUUGCAGUUCAAGCGUAUGAUGCUACAUUGAUUGUGGCCUCUUUACAAUUCGUUGAUCAAAAACCAAUUGCAUCACAUAUAUUUCCAAUCAUAAAUGUUAUAGGAAAAUACUAUAGAGAACUAGGGUUUUGGUCAGAAGGACUCGGUUUUUCUGAGUUUAUUAAUGAAAAAACCACUUACGACACUUGUUUAAAAAGUUUAGGCUACAUUUUUUGGCCUGGGAAACCCUUGCAUACUCCAAUCGGAUGGGCUAUUCCUACAAAUGCCAAUCCAUUACGAGUAGGUGUCCCAACAAUGGCCAUGUUUAAAAAGUUUGUAGAAGUGAAAUAUGAUCAUAAAAAUCAUAAUCUCACUUACAAAGGCUACUCGAUUGAGCUUUUCAAAGAAACCAUCAAACUUUUGCCUUAUUACUUGCCAUAUGAGUUUCAUCCCUUUAAUGGGACAUACGAUUCUCUAGUGGAGCAAGUUUAUUUGAAGAAAUUCGAUGUGAUAGUUGGUGAUGUAUCGGUAGUAUCGAGGCGAUAUAAGUAUGCUGAGUUCACGCAUCCGUAUACAGAAACAGGGCUAGUGAUGAUAGUACCUGUCACAUCGUAUCAUGGACAAUGGUUAUUUGUGAAGCCCUUUACAUUAAGCAUGUGGGCGUUAACAAUUUUAAUCAAUAUAUAUAACGCCUUUGUGAUAUGGCUGAUUGAGCACAAAAACACCCCUGAAAUUGGAGGAUCCGCUUUGAAUCGCACUGGAAUUCUUCUCUCUUUAGCCUUCACUAGAAUGUUCUUCACUAAUGGUGAUGAAGUUCAUAGUAAUUUGACCAGAAUGACAACAGUGGCGUGGCUGUUAGCGGCAAUAAUCAUCGGGCAGUGUUACACCGCUAGUCUCACCAGCAUGCUCACUGUGAAACGGCUGAUACCUAAAGUUGCAGAUUUUGAAACCCUAAAAAAUGGUAAUGCAGUUGUGGGGUAUGGCCAAGGGGCCCACGUUGCCAGUUAUUUGGUGGAUGUUCUUGGUUUCAAGAAUCGAAACAUUAGGGCUUUCACUUCUCCAGAAGGAUACGCACGUGCCCUUAAAAACAGAGAAAUAUCAGCGGUUUUUCUUGAAGCUCCUUUUACUAAACUGUUUCUCGCUAAGUAUUGCAAGAGCUUUAUCACUGCUGGACCUACAUUCGGGGAUGGAGGAUUUGCAUUUGUGCUUCCGAAAGGUUCUCCAAUGGUGGCUGAUUUUACUAAAGCGUUGUUGAAUGUGUCUGAAAGUGGGACUCUACAAGAGAUAGAGAGAAGAAUGAUUGGUUCUGAGAAAUGUGUAGAGAUGGAUUCGGAUCAUGAUGAGUAUGAAAGUUUGGGUCUUGGUAGCUUUUGGUCGCUUCUUGUUUUGACAAAUGUUAAGAAAUACUUUGUGAAUCCAAGGAAACGAAUCUCAAGGAAAGUUAGCGAUCAUCACCAUGCUGGGAAUGCCAUUCAUGCAUAUGAUGGACAUCAACAAGAACAAUUCUCACCAUGCUGUCAUGUGACAAAUGGAUCGCAUGAGAGGUAUGCAGAUGGAUUGGGCUUUCUGGGGAUUUAUGGAUUAGAUUUGGAUCGGACUUUAGAUGUCAUUGGAUCCGGAUCUUGGAGCUUUAGUUUGCAGAGGUUGCAAAUAUUUUGGUACGACGGGUCCUCAAUUUGGCUUUAUCUAGGAUAUGUUUUUGAUGGAUUUGGGCUGGUUAAUUGGUUAUAA